AUGGACGGCGCUUACGAUUUGGAAUCCCUUAUGGGAUUGUUAGGCGACUUUGGAAAAUACCAAGCAUGGCAAUACAGUUUGCACAUACUUUCCGCCCUGACAGCUGGACUGAAUAUGAUGACAUUGGUAACAGUAGCAGCAAUACCUGACUUUAGAUGUAAAAUUCCGGGAGUGGACGUCAACAACACAUUCACCAUAUUAAACGAUACUUUAUUAGCAAAAUAUCAUCCGAAGCUAGAUUCCGGGAAGUAUGAUUUUUGUCAGUUAUAUAACGAAAAUUCCACAACUUUAUCAAAAUGCGAGUCUUACCUGUGGGAUCCCACGUAUUACCAGAGUUCGAGGGCUAUCGAAUGGGAAUUCGUUUGCGACAGAAGGUGGAUGUCUGCUGUUGCUCAGGCUGCUUACAUGUUUGGUGUCUUCACUGGGGCUGUGGUAUUGGGCAAAAUGUCAGAUAAAUACGGCAGAAAACCAAUAUUUUGUUGGUCGGCUGUAUUGCAAUUAAUCUUAGGAGUAGGGGUAGCUUUUACCCCCGAAUAUUACUCCUUCAUCUUCGUUAGGUACUUAUACGGUAUUUUCGGAUCCGCUGGAAGUUAUAUACCCGGUUUCGUACUUACGAUGGAACUCGUCGGGCCAAGCAAAAGGUCUUUGUGCGGCAUGUCCUUCCAGGCAGCUUUCGCAAUCGGUAUCAUGUUGGUUGCGUCUUGGGGCAGCUUCAUUAAAGAUAGGCAAAUAUUGCAAAUCGUGUACGGAUGUCACGCGUUGUUGCUCAUCGGACACAUCUGGUUAAUGGACGAAUCUCCGCGAUGGUUAUGGGGCAACGGAAGGAUAAGAGAAUCGGUCAUGAUAGUGAAGAAAGCCCUGAAAAUGAACGGAAGAUCGGUCAAUUUGGACACCGCCGAAUUCGUGUCUCAAGGCAAGACGCAAACCAGGCCGAAGGAAGAAUCCUCCGCCGCCGGCGCGUUCGAUCUGUUCAAGAGUCCAAACUUACGGAACAAAACUCUCAACGUGAUGUUGGGCUGGUUCGCGAACUCCAUCGUGUACUACGGCCUGGCGCUGGGCACGAAUUCCCUGGAAGGAAAUCCUUACGUGAACAUGUUCGUAAUGGCCGCGGUGGAAAUUCCCAGUUACGCCAUUGCGGUGUACUUGAUGGACAAAUGGGGAAGGAGAAGUCUAACCUCGUGCCAGAUGGUGAUAGGCGGCAUCUGCUGCAUCCUAACCGCCACCAUAUCCCAAGUAACGGUCUCCAUGGUGUUCAUGUUCAUAGGGAAAUUCAUGAUAGCCAGCUCUUUCGCUAUAUUGUACAAUUACUCGGCGGAGCUGUUCCCCACGGUGAUCCGGAGCUUCGCGAUGGGGCUGGGCGCGAUGGCGGCGAGAUUCUCCGGCACUCUCACGCCGCUCAUCACCCUGCUGGACUCGUUCGAUCCGAAGAUACCGUCGUUGCUCUUCGCCGUGGUAUCCAUCGUGUCCGGCUUUCUGAUCAUGUUCCUGCCCGAGACGUUGAACAAGCCUCUGCCGCAGAGCAUCGAGGAAGGGGAGACCUUCGGCGUCGGGGACACUUUGUUCGCGUCGCUUUGCGGCAAAGGCGACGCCGACGAGCCGGCUGGUUACGACAAAAAGACUGAAUCCGAACAAAUGCAGCCGCUUAAAUAG